AUGUUCACGAUGGCAGGCGAGAAUUCCACGGAGCAGUUAAAAAGACAACAUCAAGCCUUAAAAACUGAGUCGGUGAAAUUGAGAAUGGAAAGUAUUGAUUCCACUCUACCCUCGGAUCUGCUGCGGUCAGUUAACCAAUCGAGAGACAAGGGAGGGCGCUCAUGGCUUACCGCAGUGUCUCUUGUCGUUCAAGGCCUAGUGCUGAAUAGACAAGAAUUCAGAGGCUGUCUGUCCGACUUACUAAGCAAGUGUGUUUGUGGUGAGAAGUAUACCGUCUGCCAUGCUCUGUCAAGCAAAAAGGGAAGGUUCGUGGCGCAGAGACAGGAUGGUGUUCGCCUACUUAACUCGCUUAUUGGUAAGGUUUGCACCAACUUUGAAGUCGAACCACAACUACAACCUCUCGAUAAUGAGCGAUUCAACCUCAGAAGCGCGGAAACAAGCCUGGAAGCAAGGCUGGACUUGAAGACAGAAGGCUGUUGA